AUGCCGUCCUCUGUGAGGGCUGUAGAGGGCAGCUGUGUAGUGAUUCCCUGCCACACGAGCAGCCACACCAGGGUGAUUUGGUACAAGCACCAGACAGCCAGGUGGCCGGUGGUUCAUGAUGGGGAAAAUCUCCGCAAUGCUAUAGAUGGAUUUGAAGGACGCACCUCCAUGCCGGGGAGGUCCUCAGAUGGCAACUGUUCUCUCAGGAUCGACAACGUCAGGAUGUCUGAUGGCAUCACGAUGUUUCCCCUUAUCAACCCUGAGACUGAUAAAUACUACAAGCCAUCUGUCCAAAUUAAGCCUCAAGCAAAACCUAGACUGCAGAUAUCCAUCUCCAAGUCCCCGGUGAGGGAGGGUGAAGAGUUCAGCCUGAGCUGCAGCAUCCUCCACUCCUGCCCCCCCUCUCCCCCCUCCAUCCACUGGAGCGGCCUGGCUGCCAUGUCCCCCGAGGUGCACACUGGGAAACAAGACGGGGACAUGUGGGAGACCAUGUCCACUGUCAGGGUGACCGCUGCACAUACUCAACACCAUACAGAUGUCCUCUGUCACAGCACGUUCAGCGAUCAACUGGCUACAACAAGCAACUCUCUCACUUUGGACAUCUUGUAUGCUCCAGUGGAUGUGGCGCUGGCUUCCAUCGGGGGCAUCAUCACAGAGCACAGUGUGGCCACCCUAUCGUGCAGGAGCAACAGCAACCCAAGGCCCAGUUUUUACCAGUGGGUCAUCACCAACGGGGAAAACACACACAAGGUCAACUCCAGCAUUGGAUACAUCGACGUCACUGAUGCCCAGAGGACCUUCUCUGCUGCUUGCACUGCUCACAACCCGUUCGGGGCUAGACAGUCGCUGAAGACGUCUCUCAAUGUCACAUAUGUGUCCAUAGUGUUGCCAGAGUCCUACUGCUCAGAGACGGGAGGGGUGAUGAGGUGUGUGUGCCAGGUGGAUGCUAACCCCACUGCCACAGUCACAUGGAAGCUAAACGGCACUAUGGAGCUCCCAGCAGACGUGGUUCCCAAUGUCACCACUAGAGGGAGUGUCCAGUCAUCUGAGUUGUUGCUGGAGGGAGACCUGGCCAGUCACAAGCCAGUGCUGUGCAUGGCAACCAAUGGGCACGAUGUCGAUACCCAGGAAAUGACAAUAAAAGGAGUGUUCCCUUGGAUGUGGAUUGGUGUGGUCUUUGGACUCCUGGGACUGUGUGGCUUUAUGUAUUUCUGCUGCACAAGAAGGAGGAAGUCUGGUCAUCCUGAUUCAGCAAGGGAUGGUGAUUCCUCAAACUGGGAUAUGGAUCAAUAUAGGCCUGGCAUGGCUGCCAAAGGGCCCUCCUCCUCUGCUACGAGGCCUGAAGGGCCCAAGUCAUAUGGCGGCAGAGAGGAGGAUGAGGCGCGGUGUGAGGGCGGAGGAUAUGACAUGUACGAGAACACAGCUGUCAUCAGAGGAGGCCAGAUCGGGAUUUAUCUGGAGGACGAAGAUUUUGAAGACUGUGACGGGGAUCAAUUUGGCAGCCACGCCUCUGACAAUAUUUACCUGAACAGAUAGCCUACGAUUAAAC